AUGGACAGAAGACAGACUAGGUUCCGUGAGAGGGGACAGAUUAUGGGAAAGAUCAUGACCAGCCGUCAACCGCACCCCCAGGAUGAGCAGAGCCCCCAGCGGAGCACCUCGGGGUACCCCCUCCAGGAGGUGGUGGAUGAUAAAGUGUCGGGACCAUCAGCCCCUGGGGUAGAUCCCAGCCCCCCACGUAGGUCCCUUUGCUGGAAAAGGAAGAGGGAGUGGUCGGACGAAUCUGAGGAGUCAUCAUCGGAGGAGCCACAGAAGGAGCUUGCCACUGAGCCUGAGGAGACCUGGGUGGCAGAGACGCUGUGUGGCCUCAAGAUGAAGCUCAAGCGAAAGCGAGUGUCGCUCGUGCUCCCUGAGCACCACGAGGCCUUCAACAGGCUGCUUGAGGAUCCUGUCAUUCAAAGAUUCCUGGCCUGGGACAAAGAUCUGAGGGUUUCGGACAAGUAUCUCCUGGCUAUGGUCAUAGCGUAUUUUAGCCGGGCCGGCCUCCUCUCCUGGCAAUACCAACGCAUUCAUUUCUUCCUGGCUCUCUACCUGGCCAAUGACAUGGAGGAGGACGAAGAGGCCCCCAAACAAAACAUCUUCUACUUCCUGUACGGGAAGACCCGCUCUCAUAUACCCUUGUUCCAUAAGCGUCGGUUCCAGUUACGCCGUUCCAUGAACUGGAGGGCCAGGAAGAACCGCUCUCAGAUAGCCUUGUUCCAGGAGCUUCGGUUCCAGUUCUUCUGUUCCAUGCGCUGCAGGGCUUGGGUUUCUCCAGAGGAGUUGGAGGAGAUACAGGCUUAUGACCCAGAACACUGGGUGUGGGCACGAGAUCGCGCCCGCCUUUCCUAGAGCUCCAGGGACCGUGGAGGCCUGAGGUCACUGGCCUGAGAGAAGAACACUGGGCCCAGGGGAGAUGUGGAUUUUCAGCAGGAACUUUAUUUCAAUGCUAAUGGCAGACACCAGGAAGGAGGAGAGGAGCCAUGUGUGCAGAUCAUCUAGAAGAACCUGGACCGUUCUUGAUGGAGCUGAAUACAGUGAUCACGUUGUCCUCCUAGGAGUGGGGGUGGGGGGGUGGGGUACUUCUAGGAGUCCUUGGAAAAAAGUAAGAAACUAGGAGUGUUUCCAGUUCCACCCUUUCCUGCGGCACCACCUCCCUUUUUAUAUUGCUGAUUUCCAACCUUCCUGGGGCAGAAUCUGGAGGUCCUGUUUCUUACGGACUUGGUUGCCACAGUCCAGGACCAUUUGAAGGCACAGUGCAGGGGCUCAGAUUGGCACAGAAUUAUUUGUGAAAUAUCAGUGCCAUAGACUGUAACAGAUAGCUUCAAUCACACUAUGCAUUUAUUGGCUUGUUUGGAAAAUGUUGGCCAUUGAAUUAUUAAUAGGUUUAUUUCAAAUAGUUUGGAAAUUAUUGUACUUUUGAAAACAUGCUGUUCCUGUAGUUUGUUGAUGAGAGUUAUAGCUGUUAUAUAUACAUAAAGAUAAUUUUCAUUUUUAAGAAUUCUUUUUAUCCUAAAUCUUUUAUUAUCUUUAAAUUUUUUUGUGUAUUAUUAUAUGUGCUCCUGAAGCGAGCACUCUUUUUAUCUAUGAUAUUUCCAUAAUAAUCUCUUCUAUUUAUAGCUAUUGGUAGUUCCCCUAAAUUCUCAUGAUAGAAAUUUUUAUUUGCUGUUUAGCUUUGUGACUGAAUUGUGAGAAUUCAGUUGUGAUUUUUAACGUGUCUCAGAUACACAUACUAACAUGUCUAAUAUAUACUAUCUAUUUUAUUUGUUUAUUUUGAAAAACAUAGGCACUGAAUUAUUUAAAUAUUAUUUUAUUUAAUAUUUAUUAAGUCUAUUAAAUUAUUUAAAUAUGAUUAUUACUUUAAAUAUUAUUUUAAAUAUUUUGGAAAUACUGGUAUUUUUGAAUAGACGCUGUUUCUAUAAAGUUGCGUGAUGGGUGUUAUAACUGUUAUAUACACAUAAAUAUAAUUUUGUUCUUUUUAAGAGAGGAUUAUUUUUAUCAUAAAUCUUUUACCUUUCGAUCUUUGUAUCUAUUAUUACACGUGCUGCUGAAGGGAGCAUGGUUUUUAUCUAUGAUACUUAGUUAACAUAAAUAUUACAUUUAUAGCUAUGUAGUAGUUCCCCUAAAUUCUUAUAAAAAUAAAUGUUUAUUUGAUAUUUAGUGUAUGUUUGAAAUGUAAGAAUUCAGAUGUAAUGUUUUACCUCGUAUUGGCAUGUUUGUAUGUUACUUUAAAGAGGAUGUGUGUUCUAAAGGAGGGCAUGAGCUGUGUGUUUUCAAGAGAACAAUGCAGUGCGUCUCUUGGGGAAACAUAAUAAAGAUGAACUUUUCUCACCUUCA